CUGCCCAUUUAUUCAGGACGUUCCCAUCCAAUGAGGAGUGAGAGCGUGUGGAGCAAGCACCAAUGAGGCCAGUUUUUCAUCUGUAUAAAACUUUUCAGAAAAGUUUGCCGGGUUGCACUUUCUGUCAGUCCAGGGCUCUAAGAGGAGAGGACCAGCCCAGAGAGAGAGAGAGAGCAGUACGGGGGGGUCUCCAGAUUUUAAUCCCAAUCCCACACUCAAGAAAGUGCCUCUCCGUUUCUGCCAAGGAUGGAGAACGCGCACACCAAAGAGUCGGCUGACGUUCUGGCCUACUUUGGAGUCACAGAGGACACAGGCCUGCCACCUGAGCAGGUGAAGAAGAACCUGGAAAAGUACGGCUACAAUGAACUGCCAGCAGAAGAAGGAAAGAGUAUCUGGGAAUUGGUGGCAGAGCAGUUUGAGGACCUGUUGGUCCGAAUCCUUCUUCUGGCUGCUUGCAUCUCCUUUGUGCUGGCUUGGUUUGAAGAAGGUGAAGAAACAGUCACCGCCUUCGUCGAGCCCUUUGUAAUCCUCCUCAUCCUCAUCGCCAAUGCCAUCGUAGGGGUGUGGCAGGAGCGGAACGCAGAGAGCGCAAUAGAGGCUCUGAAGGAGUAUGAGCCUGAAAUGGGAAAGGUUUACCGGGCUGACAGGAAGAGCGUGCAGAGGAUCAAAGCCAGGGAGAUUGUCCCUGGAGAUGUGGUGGAAGUUUCUGUUGGUGACAAAGUUCCAGCUGACAUCAGGAUCAUCUCCAUCAAGUCCACAACUCUGCGUGUGGACCAGUCCAUAUUGACUGGAGAGUCUGUCAGUGUGAUAAAGCACACUGAGGCUGUUCCAGAUCUCAGAGCUGUGAACCAGGACAAGAAGAACAUGCUGUUCUCUGGCACCAACAUUGCUGCUGGUAAAGCCACUGGUAUCGCUGUUGCCACCGGUGUCUCAACUGAGAUUGGCAAGAUUCGUGACCAGAUGGCAGCCACCGAGCAGGAGAAGACGCCUCUGCAGCAGAAACUGGACGAGUUCGGAGAGCAGCUGUCCAAGGUCAUCUCUCUCAUUUGUGUAGCUGUAUGGAUAAUCAACAUUGGCCAUUUUAAUGACCCAGUCCACGGGGGUUCCUGGUUCCGUGGUGCCAUCUACUAUUUCAAGAUUGCUGUAGCUUUGGCUGUGGCUGCCAUUCCUGAAGGACUGCCCGCUGUUAUAACCACUUGUCUGGCGCUGGGAACCCGUCGAAUGGCUAAGAAGAACGCCAUUGUCAGGAGCCUUCCUUCAGUGGAGACUCUAGGCUGCACCUCGGUCAUCUGCUCAGACAAGACAGGCACGCUCACCACCAACCAGAUGUGUGUAACCAAGAUGUUUAUCAUUGACAAAGUUGAAGGUGACAAUGUCCAACUUGGUCAGUUUGACAUUUCAGGGUCAAAGUACACCCCUGAGGGAGAAGUCACAAAGAAUGGCUCACUAGUUAAGUGUGGGCAGUAUGACGGAUUGGUUGAGCUGGCAACCAUCUGUGCCCUGUGCAAUGACUCAUCUCUGGACUACAACGAGUCUAAGGGCAUUUAUGAGAAAGUGGGCGAGGCCACAGAGACAGCCCUGUGCUGCUUAGUGGAGAAGAUGAAUGUGUUCAACAGCGAAGUGCGUGGUCUGUCAAAAGUCGAGAGGGCAAACGCUUGCUGCUCUGUUAUCAAACAGCUGAUGAAGAAGGAAUUCACCCUGGAGUUCUCCAGAGACAGAAAGUCCAUGUCAGUAUAUUGCUCACCUGCAAAGUCAGCCAAAGCUCCUGUGGGGAACAAGAUGUUUGUUAAAGGUGCUCCAGAGGGUGUGAUUGAUCGUUGCACAUAUGUCCGUGUGGGUACCAACCGCAUACCACUGACUGGCCCUGUCAAAGACCAUAUCAUGUCGGUGAUUAAGGAGUGGGGCACAGGGCGUGAUACCCUCCGCUGUCUGGCACUCGCCACCCGUGACUCACCUCUCAAGAGGGAAGAGAUGAAUCUGGAGGACUCCACUCGUUUUGGAGACUAUGAGACUGACCUGACCUUCGUUGGUUGCGUUGGAAUGCUUGAUCCUCCUCGCAAGGAGGUCAUGAGCUCCAUUGAGCUGUGCAGGGCUGCUGGUAUCCGUGUCAUCAUGAUCACUGGUGACAAUAAGGGUACAGCUGUGGCAAUCUGCAGACGCAUUGGCAUCUUCACUGAGGAGGAGGAUGUGACUGGUAAGGCCUUUACCGGUCGAGAGUUUGAUGACCUCUCUCUGUAUGAUCAGAAGAAAGCGGUCAGAAAAGCUUGCUGUUUUGCGAGAGUGGAACCAUCCCACAAGUCCAAGAUUGUUGAGUUCCUUCAGGGCUUUGAUGAGAUUACUGCCAUGACCGGCGAUGGAGUGAAUGAUGCCCCGGCCUUGAAGAAGGCGGAGAUUGGCAUCGCCAUGGGCUCUGGCACUGCCGUUGCCAAGUCUGCCUCUGAGAUGGUCUUGGCUGACGACAACUUCUCUUCCAUUGUGUCCGCUGUUGAAGAGGGAAGAGCCAUUUACAACAACAUGAAGCAGUUCAUUCGCUACCUCAUCUCCUCCAAUGUAGGCGAGGUCGUCUGUAUCUUCUUGACAGCUGCCUUAGGUCUGCCAGAGGCACUUAUCCCCGUCCAGCUUCUUUGGGUUAAUCUUGUGACUGAUGGUCUACCAGCUACUGCCCUUGGUUUUAAUCCACCUGACCUUGACAUCAUGGGAAAAGCCCCACGCUCCCCCAAAGAGCCCCUAAUCUCAGGCUGGCUCUUCUUCAGAUACCUGGCCAUUGGAGGUUAUGUUGGUGCAGCAACAGUGGCAGCAGCAGCUUGGUGGUUCUUGUACUGUGAUGAAGGCCCAAUGGUCACCUUCUACCAGCUGUCCCACUUCAUGCAGUGCAGUGAGGAGAAUGAAGACUUUGAUGGUAUCCACUGUGAGGUGUUUGAGUCUUCUCCACCAAUGACAAUGGCUCUGUCUGUGCUGGUCACCAUUGAGAUGUGCAACGCUCUGAACAGCUUGUCUGAGAAUCAGUCCCUGGUGCGGAUGCCUCCCUGGAGCAACGGCUGGCUGAUGGGCGCCAUGAGUCUCUCCAUGUCCCUCCACUUCAUGAUCAUCUAUGUCGACCCCCUGCCUAUGAUUUUCAAGCUCACUCAUCUAAAUGUGGAGCAGUGGAUGAUGGUGCUAAAACUUUCCUUCCCGGUCAUCCUUAUUGAUGAGCUCCUGAAGUUUGUGGCUCGCACAUACUGUAUCUAGAAGGAAAAGUCUAAAGAAAAUCAUGGAAAGUAUGCCUGGAGGAAGGGGAAGGAUGACCACAGAGGAUUGAGAAAUAAAAAAUAA